AUGCCAGGAGGGAAGAAGAAUACUGUAUAUAGAAGAAAGCGGAAAGGAAAGCCUUUUACUGGAGUGCAGAGAUACGCAAGGAAAGCGAAGAAAAUGCCGCGUGCGGAUAGAGAAGUCACAAACUCAGCAUCGAGUUCCUCGUGUGAUGAGGCUCUGUCAGAUGCCGAAAGUGCUUCCAUCAGUGCUUCGAGACUCAAAAUGAGACCAGAAGAUUCACCAGAUAGUUCAUCAAAGAUUUCUGAUGUAAAUGAUUUUCAGGGAGAGGGAUACAGACUUGUAGACCUCAAGAAAUUAUAUGCCACGUUGUCUGAAGCACAUGUGUGCGAGGAAGGUGAGAAAACAUAA